AGUCCAAAUCAUCCAAAUUCGUUCUCAGUUUGACUGAUCUAGACGACAGAGAUCUACUUUUCAAAAAACGAGCUAAUAUAGUUUAGGUGUUUAAUUGUAAAUUUUCAAAGUCUUGGUAUCUACUAGACAUUGGAAUCAAAGUUUGAUGGUAUUUUGAAAAUUUUCUUAUUUGGCGGACCUUCCUUCCUAAACUUCUUGCUCCUGAAUCUCAACACCAAAAUCCCAAUCCGUUGUUAUUAGAGAGAGAGAGAGAUGGACUGGGGUUGUAUAGCGUCAGCCCCUUCGACCCCCACGGCCUUCUAUUCAAAACAGACCCGGAAAAACCACACCAAAUCCACCACUUACUACUCAUACCCCUUGACCACUAGAAGCAGCGGAGGAAGCAGCCGUCCCUUGUCCGUCAAAGCAUCGAGCAAGAGCUUCCCUGCAAGAAACCGCACCGUGAACAGCCAUUGGAAUGUCGGGUCCGUUUCCCCUGCCGUUUCUUAUCCUUCUUGGCUGCCCAGAUUCGAAGAGCUCGAUCCCACCAACAUGCUUCUCCGCCAGCGAAUUGUCUUCUUGGGUAAUGAGAUUGACGACUAUACAGCAGAUUUCAUCAUAGGUCAACUUUUGUACCUGGAUGCCGAAGACUCAAACAAGGACAUUAAACUGUUCAUCAAUUCACCUGGUGGCUCUUCAACUGGCGCAAUGGGAAUUUAUGACACUAUGAAGUUAUGCAAAGCUGAUGUUUCUACUAUUUGCCUGGGGCUUGCUGCGUCCAUGGCUGCAUUUAUCCUUGCUACUGGUACCAAAGGGAAAAGGUUUUGCAUGCCUAAUUCAAGGGUGAUGAUUCAAAGGCCAGAAGGAUAUGCUGAUGAUGAUGAUGAUGGUGAAGAAGAACCAACACAAGUUCAAAUCCAUUUAAGAGAAGGAAUGUACCAUGGGCUUAAGCUGAUAAAAAUAUUGUCUCGAGUUACUGGGAAGCCAGUGGAGCAGAUUGAACGCAACAGUCGGUACGAGUUUUUCAUGAAUCCUUGGGAAGCAAAGGAAUACGGGUUGGUGGAUGAAGUUAUUGAUGAAGGUAAGCCGGGAUUGGUGGCACCUCUAGCAGAUUCAUCUGCUCCGCCCUUCCCUGGGGAGUGGUUCCUUUGGCGUGGUGGUGGUUAUGUAGAUGGCAAAAUACUUACAGAGGUGGAUUUGCCAUCGGAAGAAAAGAUGUCACAAAAUGGAAAAAUCGGUGGUUCAGGAGCUGAUGAGGUGGAACAGGAAAAGGAAGCACCAACUCCAGUAGGAGGGAAACAUGCCUGAGUCACAAGGCUGUGCCUUGUGGAUUGGUCAUUGAAUGCUAUGCUACUAUGAAAUUGUUAGGCACGUCCUUACGAGACGAUAUUGGAUGUACCAUCUCGAAUAGUAGUAGUUAUAAUUUUUGAGCGACAUGGAAUUGUUUUUCUUUCUCAUGUAUUUGAUUAGGAUGAAUAUUUAGGAAGAGGGUUUUGGAAAAUUCCAUUUGAUAGUUUGAAUACCAUGGUUGGUAUUUUGUCUAAAUUAUGUUACUCAAGACAACAAUAAGUCCGUUGGAAAUAUAAAGAGACAACUUCAAAAAUGAAAAUCAAAUUUUGCUGAUAA